AGGCUACCAUAAUCCUGCAUGAAUGAUGAAAGUUCAAUAGGAUAGUGUAAUAAUUGCUUUUUCCACUCCAAAACCUAGUCAACAGCAAUUUCCAGGAAAAAAGAGAGAAAUUUCUUGAGGUGAAAAGAAAGUAGGGAUUUUCCAAUGGCAUCGGCCUGUUGUUUGGUUUCGUUCUGGACCGAGUCCAAGCAAUUGCCCAAAACCGUGUAAGGUAGGGUAGGUCCCUCGGUAUCAGAAGCAGAGAAGCUUCUUGUAUGGCGUUGACUAGGGACCUUGCAGCCCAUAUUGUUUAAGAUUCACAGCCUCCUUUGUUGUAGAUCUCAGCCUUUGCCCCUCUUUUUUCUUUGAUUUCUGUUCCUUCGUUUCAGAAGGGGAGAUGCAAACGUAAGGCUCUGGAAAACUGUUCCAAGCUCGAAAACUAAGAUUUUUGUAAGGUGAGAAGAGAUGGUGGAUGCUGUUGUUACUGUGUUCCUAGAGAAACUGCUCAAUGCUCUUGAAGAGGAGGGCCGCGUUCUGUUCGAUUUCAGAGAGCAGUUUGAAAUAUUACGAGAUGAGCUGCGGCUCAUGCAAAGCUUCCUCAAAGAUGCAGAGAGGCUGAAAAGGAAAAACGAGACUCUUCGGACGGUGAUGAUUGGUUUGCGGGAGCUGAUCUAUGAAGCUGAAGAUAUACUUGCGGAUUGCAAAGUUCAAUCGGAGGGGAGCCAAGACAUCUCCGGUUGGUAUGCUGUGUGUUUCUAUCCUACUAACCUUCCUUUCAAAUAUCAAACUGGAAAGCGCCUCAGAGAAAUCAACGAGAAGAUCACUCGGAUUAAACAAAAUAUCCCGUCUUUCCUUGGAGUGCCGAUUCUAAGCCAAGCCGAGAUUGCAGAUUCACGGAACCUCCCAGUAGAUAGAUGGAGCUCUUCUGUGUUUGACCAUUCCCAAGUGGUUGGGAUAGAGGGUGACACAAGGAAGGUAAAGAACUGGCUGUUGGAAGCCAAGGAUGGAAUCCUAGCAAUUGGAGUUGUGGGCAUGGGUGGGGUUGGGAAGACUACUUUGGCUCAAGUGGUCUUCAAUGACAGGGAAAUGGAGGCUCGUUUUGAGAGGAGGAUGUGGGUGUCUGUCACUGGGACACCUAACGAAAAACGGAUUUUGAGAAGCAUGUUGAGGAACUUGGGUGAUAUGAAUGUGGGAGAUGAUUGUGGUGAGUUGUUGAGGAAAAUAAAUCAAUACCUCUUGGGCAAGAGGUUUUUGCUUGUCAUGGAUGAUGUGGGGGAAAACACAAAUACUUGGUGGCGCAAAAUCAGUGAUGGAUUGCCUAAAGGAAAUGGGAGUAGUAUUAUUAUCACUACAAGAACUAAGGAAGUCGCAACAAUGAUGGGAGUGGAGGAAGAGAGAACACAUCGGCCCAAAGUCCUCAGUAAGGAUGAUAGUUGGUUGCUCUUCCGCAAUGUAGCAUUUGCUGCCAAUGGAGGCAUUUGUACUUCCUCUGAACUGGAGAACAUUGGGAGGGAGAUUGUACAUAAAUGUGGGGGCCUCCCAUUAGCAAUUAAGGCAGCUGGAGGAAUGAUGCUCUAUCAACAACCUUAUUAUCAUGACUGGAAGCGAAUUGCAGACCAUUUUCGGGAUGAAUUGGCAGAAGAGGAUGGUUCUGUCAUGGCUUCACUCGAAUUAAGUUAUGAGGAACUCCCAUCGCACCUCAAGUCAUGCUUCCUCUGUUUGUCUCUUUAUCCAGAGGACUGCGAAAUAACCAAAGAGCAAUUGAUUCAUUGGUGGAUUGCAGAGGGUUUUGUCCCACUGAGAAGAGGCAGAUUAUCAACUGAAGCUGGGGAGGAUUGUUUCUCAGGGUUAACAAAUCGUUGUUUGAUAGAAGUGGUUGAAAAGAGUUAUACUGGAGCAAUACAAACCUGCAAAAUUCAUGAUAUGGUUCGGGAUUUAGUGAUCAAGAAGGCAGAAGAUGAUGCGUUCUCUGGACCAACAACUGCAAGUUGUCGCCAUUUGGGUAUUGAAGGUGAUAUCGACAGAAAGUACGAUAUGCCAAAUCAGAAGCUGCGUGCAUUGUUGUCCACAAUCAAGACUGGAGAAGUGAACAAGGUUGCUUCAAGCAAUGCAAAAAAGUUCUGUGAUUGCCGAUACCUGCGGGUGUUAGAUGUCUCCAAAACGAUCUUUGAUAAGUCUCUCACAGGUUUAUUGGAUCAUAUUGGAUUCCUCCAACACUUAACUUAUCUCAGCUUAAGCAACACACAUCCAUUGACUGAAGUUCCACCUGCACUAGAGAAGCUCCGCAACCUUCAGGUAUUGGAUUUAAGUUACUGUCAGAAUUUGAAAAUGCUCCCCUCUUAUGUUACAACUUUUGAGAAGCUCACAGUGUUAGAUGUGAGUCAUUGUGGUUCACUUCGAUACCUUCCCAAAGGCCUGGGGAGCCUUUCAAAUCUUCAAGUAUUAUUGGGGUUUAAACCUUCAAAAUCAAAUCAAUUAGAAGGUUGUCGGAUUGCUGAGUUAAGAAGCUUGACCAAGCUUAGGAGACUUGGCUUACAACUAACUCAGGGUGAUGAGAUUGGAGACAAUGACGACAAUGUAUUGGUAGGUCUCCGAGGACUUCAAUUUCUGGUAAUUAGUUGUUUUGACAGUCAUGGUGAUGACCUGAUACCCAAACUGGAUAAACUCUCUCCUCCCCAACAGCUCCAUGAGCUCUCUCUCAGAUUUUAUCCAGGAAAGAUGAACCCAGGCUGGCUAAACCCUUUUUCACUUCCUAUCUUAAGGUAUCUUUCAAUCUCUUCAGGAAACCUUACAAACAUGAGCCAACGUUUUUGGGGUGAUGGUGACAAUACCUGGAAAAUUGAGGGCUUAAUGUUGGAAUCACUAUCCGAUUUGGGAAUGGAAUGGUCUAUGGUGCAACAAGUGAUGCCAAGACUGAGAAUUGUGAAUGUUAGUUGGUGUCCAGAUUUGGACUCAUUUCCAAUUGAAGAUGUUGGAUUCAGAGGGGGAGUGUGGAAGAAGGGAGAGCGCCCAAGCUAGAACUAGAAGAAAUACAAAAAAACAAGCUUCUGUGUCAUAUUAUUUGUUAUACCCUGUCUUCUGUAUUUAAGUGUGAUAAUUCUUUGGCUUGCAUUUUUCUGUUAUCCUUUUUUGGUUUAGGUGUAAACAUAGGACACGCAUCUUUUGUAAGCCUUUUUUUGGUUUAAUUUUUUAGCUUUCGUUCAUCUUUUAAUGAAAAGCCAAUGAUUCAUAAAUAAA